AUGGCGCCGAGUUGGUGGCGGCGCGAGGAGGCAGAGCUCGGGCGGUCAAUCGGGCUCCUCGGGUGCCGGGGAUGCCUUGCCGAACCCAUCGGUCGCGGCGGCCUCCUUGGCCCCGAGACUCCUGAGGAAGCUACAAGAGCUGGGCUUGUGAGUGGAAAGGAUCAAAUCAUCGACCGGAGUAUCCAGGAUGCAUAUGUAAACGCCAUACGGAGGGCGAAGAACUUCAUCUACAUUGAGAAUCAGUACUUCCUUGGAAGUUCAUACGGCUGGAAGCCUGAAGGCAUCAAGCCAGAAGAAAUUGGUGCUCUUCACUUGAUUCUGAAGGAGCUCUCGCUGAUGAUUGUCAGCAAGAUUGAAGCUGGGAAGCGGUUUACUGUUUAUGUUGUGGUGCCAAUGUGGCCUGAGGGUGUUCCAGAAAGCGCUUCUAUUCAGGCAAUUCUUGACUGGCAAAGGAGAACGAUGGAGAUGAUGUACACUGACAUCGCACAAGCUCUCGAAGCCAACAGGAUUGAAGCAAACCCCAAGGACUAUCUCACUUUCUUCUACUUAGGUAACCGCGAGGUGAAGCAGGAGGGAGAAUAUGAACAAGAGGAGCACCCAGAACCUGACACUAAUUACAUCUGGGCUCAAGAGGCUAGGAGGAUUAUGAUCUAUGUUCAUACCAAAAUGAUGAUAGCUACAAAGCAUGCAUUUCUGCUUUACGUGUAUUGGAAGCAAGGGAUCGCUUUAAAAUCUGAAGUAUAACUAUUUUAGAGAGCAGCAGAAUCAACUUAAAGCAGAAAGUAUCAGGGAGAAAUCGUCCUAUCCUACUUUGUCCAAAGAUUUCAUUCUCUUUUGGAUUGAAACCAAAUAAAACC